UAAACAUUUUCAAGCAUUACCUUCCUCAAAGUUUCCCUUACAAAAAGUUAAAACUCUAACCACUUUAUAUUUCCAAUUUUCUACUAUUUUAAACAGUUCCAAGAAUCAAAUGCCCAAAUCCCCUAAAUUGUAUCUACUCUUUGCUUCACAAAUUUGAAGAACAACAACUCUAAAUCUACUUGAUAAAAGAAAAUAAAAAAAUAGGGCAACUCAUAAUGAAUAUUAAAGAUAUAUACUGGAAGACUUUGGUAUGUGUGCCUGAGUGAAGGGGAAGUAAAGAAAGGAGCUAGCUUGAUAAUCUUGAAAAUGGGGUUCAUGAGGGGAAGGAGAAUUUGGGUCAUUUUGGAUAAAGGUUUAGCAGUCGAGCAUAUACAAAGAAGAUCCAUUAUAUGACCAAGCAAAUCUAGGAGCGUGCGGGAAAGUUGGCCCUUCAAAAGGGAGUAUUUGAUUACCUUAAUGGAGCUGGAUUGCAUUCUUCACUCGCCAAUCCCUGGAUUAACUUAACUUCUUAGUCUUUCAUUGAUCAUCUAUGCAUGCUUAUGUGUCCUAACUUGUUUGUCAAAGACGCUUAUUGGCUGCAGGUCCAUUUUCAUGGUUAUCCAUGCAUCAAAUAAGCACAACUUUAAAGUGUAAACCUUGGAGGUCAGAGUUCAAAUUCCACGUUAGGUGAUUUCUUUCCAUCCCUCUAAGCCCUGGUGGGUAGAGUUGCUCGGUAGCUGUGCUGGUGGGAGAUAGUGGGUACUCAAAGGAAUAGACGAGGUCUGACAAUGCAUCGAAGCUACACCAAUUAGUCUUGUGCAUUAAUGGAGAUAGCCCCUAAUGAAUUGAAGACACCAAGCAAGAUCGGAGAUAGACCAACCAGUGAUGUUGUUGUAAGACUUAGAACACAGGACGGCCGUGAUGAUUGGCUUUACUGCCAUUCACAUAUUCUCGUCGAAGAGAGCAAAUAUUUUGCUGAUCGGUUAUCAGAUAGUUGGCCGACAUGUCAGAUUCUCGAUUCACGCAAUUGUGUUGAGGUUUACUGUGAAGAACCCGACCUGGACUCCCAUGUCAAUGUCCUUCGACUCUUUUAUGUCGUUGCAGAUGGCUUAAUGACGGAAAUUUGCCACGGUGUCAAGAAUGCACUUGGCAUUUUGCGAGUUGCUGUCAAGCUCGGAUGCCCGAGAGUUAUUGCAGUUUGUGUGGAUUAUUUGGAAGCAGUCCCGUGGGAGGAAGCGGAAGAGGAGGAGAUAUUAAAUACUAUACCAGGCAUGGGAUCUAAUACGGAACUGGUACUUGCUCGCCUCCAACCAGUCAAUCCUACUGCAGUAAUGAAGAUUUUUCUUGCAGCACUUCAAUUUGCCACGUCAUCACCUCCUUCACCUUUAAAUGAUCUGAAAAACACUGCUCAAGAACAGCUCGAAUACAUGCUUACUGAGGAUGAUGAUGCUCCUUUACUGACUGCCGAUGAAAAAAUAAAGCUAGAAGUCAUGCGAUGUGUCCAGAACCUGUUCGAUAGAUUUAAAAGCCUUGUAGAAUCUCUACUGUGUGACCUCCAAGAAUCGAUUUCGGAUCCGGGGAAAAUGCAAUCGUUGCAUUCUUGCUUAACAGAUUUGUUAUGGGCGUGUCAGAUAUUAGGGAAGCUGGAGAUUAAUCGAGAUUUUGUUUGCAGCUGGACGGAGUUGUCAGUGAAAGUACUAACAAUCGUUCAACAAAAAGAUGCAGAAAAUGAAAUUCUAAAGACGAAGUUGAAGGUUCUCGAGGUGACAACAAAAGUAUUAGAAGCAGUAGGAUAUGGCGUAGUUGUGUUACCUACAGUAAAACGACUUCACAUGGUGAAGCUCUGGCUUCCUUUUGUCCGGACCGUGAAGCCUUUAGUCGAUUCUGUCAUGGAAACCGAGGAUGAUAUCACAUUAAAAGUCGAUGGCGACAUCUGGCAAUCGUUGGAGUCGGCAUUUGUUGCUAUUAUACUUACAUUGCCAUCAGUCGAUCAGGCGGACAUUUUAACGGAGUGGUUCGAAAAUCAGCAGAUUUGGUAUCCAGACUUAACCGAGGCAUUUGAAGUGUGGUGUUAUCGGUCCAAGGUUGCCAAGCGAAGGCUGACAACACUGGGUGAAGAGCAUAAUAUGGCUAAGGCAGAUCUUUGGAGAGUUCGAGCAACAUAGAAGACAGAUGGUUAUCCUUGUGCGAGUGCUCAGAAUUGUUGCUAGUCGUUCGAGUGAGUUGUUUUCCUAUGAAACUUGAACGACUGCUGUUUUCCUUCAAUUGGACAUUAAAAUUAAAUUUUAGACGAAGAGAUUAGAACUAGAACAGGACGUGAAGCAGUAAAUUUAUCGUUAAACCAUUGAUUUUCAGUUGAUUUAUUGUAUAACCUUAUUACACUGAGCAUUUAUCUUAUCAUAUUUUAACCUAAGUUCAGAACUUGUCACA